AUGAUGGAAGGCAUUCAAACUUCAGAUGAGUCAUCCAAUCGCAUUGACAGCAGAGCAACGACAACUGUUGAUAAUAUUUACGGUGUUCUAGUUCGCAAAGCUAUUAAAACUUAUGGUACUGGAAAAAACACUUACACCGUGCUCCAAAGACUGGACAUGUCAGUUAAACGAGGAACCGUAUAUGGACUGCUGGGAGCCAGUGGUUGUGGUAAAACGACCCUUUUAAGUUGUCUUGUCGGCCGUUGCAGUUUGAAUAGCGGGGAGCUAUUAGUCUUGGGGCAUGAGCCCGGAUCUGUAAACAGUGGAAUACCCGGUCCAAAAGUCGGCUACAUGCCUCAAGAAUUGGCGCUAUUUGGAAAUUUUACAAUCAAGGAGACCCUCUUUUUCUUCGGUGGUAUCUACAAGUUAAAGGCGACAUUCAUCAACUCGCAGUGUGAAUUUCUGUCUAAAUUGUUGGAUUUGCCUCCGUGCGAUCGUUACGUCAAGACGCUGAGCGGCGGUCAGCAGCGCCGCGUGUCAUUUGCCGUUGCGCUGUUUCACGAGCCGGAAUUGCUUAUUUUAGAUGAACCAACUGUUGGUGUGGACCCUUUGCUAAGUCACAGCAUUUGGAAUCACCUCGUGCGUCAAAGUACCGAACAUGGAAGAACCGUCAUCGUCACAACCCAUUACAUCGAAGAAGCACGUCAAGCUCACACGAUUGGUAUGAUGCGUUCUGGUCGCCUGCUAGUCGAAGAUUCGCCAGAAAAUCUGCUGAUUAAUUUCAACUGUCCAACGUUAGAAAAGGUUUUUUUUCAGCUGUGCAUUAAAGACGAUGGUAAAAAUCCACUCGACGGUGGAACUGCGACAAACGCAAACGAUUCAAAUCCUGUUGCUGCUCCAACAAUACACUCAGGAAAACCCAAAUCAACUCUGGAGCAUGGCAUCUAUGAAAUAAACUCCGUAGUAACAGAACAUCCGUCUUCCGGAAAGAGUCCGUGUUUCAAAAUACCCCAGCUGUCUGCGCACCGCAUCGGUGCAUUAAUUCGAAAGAACUAUGUACUUUCGUUUCGAAAUAUCGGGUUAUUAUUAUUCACCUAUUUUUUACCUGCUUUACAAGCAUUUCUGUCUAAUGUGACCCUUGGACACGAGCCUACUGGCCUCAGGAUGGCGAUCGUUAAUGAUGAGCUGGAUGUUAACCAAGGACGCGUCUGCAAUUACACGAUGGAUUGCGUUUACUCGAUGCUCAGCUGCCGUUAUCUUCGACAUUUGAAAGACAAUAUUAUUCAGGUCGAAUAUAAAAAUGUAUCGGAUGCUUUGGAGGCCGGAAGAAAAGGCCAAGUCUGGGGAGUGGUACAUUUUGGCUGGAAUUUCUCGAAAGAGUUUGAAAUGCGGGAUUCGGGUGGUGACGCAUUACAGUUAACAAAUAUUAGCGGCAGUCAAAUUGGCAUCAACAUGGAUUCUUCCAAUCAACAAAUUGGUGUGUUUAUUGAAAAAUGGCUUUUGAAAGCUUUUGAAGAUUUCGUCAAAGAUUUUAGAGGAAAUUGUGGGGACGUGCCCGAAGCAGGUUUAUUACCUAUUACAUUUCUCGAUCCAAUCUACGGCCAAAAAAGCACCUCAUUCACCGAAUUUAUGGCACCUGGUCUAAUCAUAUCGAUCGUGUACAACAUGGCUGUGGCGCUAACAGCAGGUGCUUACAUUGCUGAAAGGAAACAAGGUCUACUCGACCGGAGUAUGGUGGCAGGUGUGAAAAUGCCUGAAAUCAUGUUGAGUUAUGUCAUCAACCACUUCACCGUUAUGGUUGGUCGAACGGCUUUGGUUUACGUGGUUAUGUUAUUGGUGUUCAAAAUUCCAUGUCGAGGCAAUGUAGCUGUUGCUAUAUUGAUCACUCUGCUGCAAGGUCUUGUCGGCAUAUCGUUUGGUUUGUUGAUAUCCACAGGAUGCGAUGAUGAAAUGGGGGCCCUUUUGCUUUCACAGGCCAGUUUUGUUCCAUUGUUAGCAAUUAGUGGCAUUUGUUGGCCUAUUGAAAGUAUGCAGUUAUAUCUACGUAAGAUCGCCUAUUUCAUGCCGCUAACGUACGCCAUCGAAUCUGUGAGAUGCGUCUUUUCACGAGGAUGGGGCAUAGAACAAUUUGAUGUUUAUGCGGGGAUUUUAGCUAGUAUUGCGUGGAUUUUUUCGCUUUUAGCGCUUUGCUUGAUUGUUGCACGUAUUCGCAAGUUUACUGGUUAAAAACUAGAUUAGAUUUAUGAAAAUUGUUAUCUUUACUUGUUUAGUGAACGGUAGUUAAAUUUAGUGUACCAUUGGAUUUUUAUUGUUAGAUUACUUAGAUAUUACGUUUUGAGUUUAGGAAAAUGCGUAGUCUAAUUUAGUGCAGCAAACAAGCUUAGAAUUUUUAAAAUAUUACGUUUAUGUGUUAUAAUAGUUAAGUUGACGUACUUGAAUCGAAUUCUGAUUGUUAGCUCUUGAAGAGCGCAUUCAAUGGAAGUACUAAUAUUAAAAAGUGAAAUGGA